CAUACAGUUUUUGUUUACACUUGCAUUUUAAAAGAGUUUAUGAAAGAAAACAUUCGUAAAAUGGCGCCAUUUCUUAAGUUUCUUGUACUGCUUGGGUCGCUGGCAACAUUUAUCUAUACAUUUUAUGUGGUUGGAAAUUUAACACUAUUUCUUUCACUACCGCGCGAAAUAUCUAAGGCUCAUACCUGGAUUUUCAAUUUGCUGGACAACAAGUCGCGUCUGGAGACUGCUUAUGGACCAAUUGUGUGGGAUGCCCUCUACAUAAUUGGCUUCAUAUUUCAGCACAGCCUGCAGAAGUCAGCGAUAGUAAAGAACCUAUUGCGCAAAUGGGGCUUAGCAUCAGCGGAGCGCACCAUGUACUGUCUGACGUCAUCGCUCUGCUUACAUUACUUGCUGAAAAAUUGGUUGCCUGCCACAUCGAUUGUGCUCUGGCAAAUCAAUGUGGAAAGCCCAGUGAUCUGGUGGGCCUUUGUGAUAACCCAUAUACUCUGUUGGGCUGUUAUAUUUGGAGGGUCCAUUAUCUUGGAUCUCCCAGAAUUGCUGGGCAUUAAACAGGCCUACUACAGUCUGCAUAACUAUGCCGAUCCACUAGCCUACAAGUCACCACAGCUGCGCACUCUUUAUGCUCAUGUGCGUCAUCCAUCGUUCAUAGGUUUCACACUCAUUCUUUUUGUGACGAAUGUUAUGAGCCUGGAUCGGUUGGUGUUGGCCGUGCUUCUUACUACAUACAUGUAUGUUGCCUGGUCCACCGAUCAGCGCGAUGUGGCCUACCAUCAGCAACAGCUGCAACGCAAAAAACACGAAUUAAAGGCUCAGUAAACCAAGCUCU